AUCAAUGACGGGAAACCCCACAACAAGGGCCUGCUAUAUAUAUGGACCAUAAGAGUACUUUAAAUCAUGGAGAGUUCUCACUUUAGGUCAAUACUUGAAAGACAUUCCUCAUCAGAAGUCAUGAACAUCCUGAUUGGUGAGUAGUAGUGAGGUAACGCUUGAUAUGUUCUGCUUUCACUUCUCCUCUGACACUGAAGGGGACAUGAGCAUAUUCAGUGUUUGGACUUAACUAUUUGAGUGAAAUGAUUUGAUUAAAAACUUAAUUUAUAAGAAUUUGGAUCCGUUCAUGGGUAAAAAUAGUAUGCUUUUUUUUUCUAAAUUUAGAUUUACUCAAACGGUCUUAUCUGCUAUUUUUAGUUACUUUUGACCCAGGUUUCACAUUACAGUCACAACUCGGAACUCAUGCUGCUCCUCAGCCUGAGGGGAGACAUGCCCAGUGCUGCAGCAACACUGAGGAGCUGAUGAGGAGAGAGCAAGGCUUUGUUCUGCCUGCCUCACACACACUCACUCACGCGCGCACACACACGUUUCGUGCUGCUGGAUGUAAAGAGAGGAUUGUUUUGAUGCCUCGGCGGUGACGCUGUGAUUUUUCUCUCCGCCUGCAGUUUUCCUUAUUCCCGUCUACAUGGCCUCCGUCGCCCGCAGCGCACCUCUGCCGGACGGGAGCACACUUGUUGCGGAUCCAGAGAUCGUGCAGAGGAGCCGCAGCCUGAUCAAAAAGAUCCUGCUCUCCAUUCCGGACGCACACAAGUCCUGCAUUUACAUCGAGGUGAGGCAGAGUAAAGAUUGCUCCUGCUGGCGCAUGUUUGACGCAUUGUUUGGCUGAGAUUGUCCAGGCUUCAGGCAGAGAGAGAGAGAGAGAGGUCUGCGCUGUGAGAUGAUCAGUGAAUGCAGGUCCGGUUAUGAGACCAUAAAAAGACUUAAGCGUGACUGAGCCUGGUGGCCAGAGCUUCCCUGAGAGGCUGCUUUAAGAGUUAUGACUGAGCGUAAAAUACGGGCAGUGCAGCUACCACAGCACGUAAAAUCAAAUCAGAUCAGAAAGCCUCAUAUUAAUAAAACACGUAAUGAAACAUGCUUAUCAAUUAGACUAUUUGCAUGACUUGUGUUAUUACAGUUUAUUUUCUGUGUUAAAUGCCAGGGAGUUGGUGAACUGAUGUACGAAACACGUUUGUUGUGAAUUAUGUUUAAUUUUUAACUCAACUAUUAAUUUGAGGUAUUUAUGUUUGGAUAUUUAAAGAAACGUAGUUUAAAACCUGCUAACUAAAUUAGCAUUAAGCUAGCUCUGAGAGAAAACAUGAAAUGCCUCCAUUAAGGUACCUUUAAAAAUACAGUAAAUUGAAUUUAAAAAAUUACAUAUUAAUUUGAGGUAUUUAUGUUUGGAUAUUAAAAAAAAUGUAGUUUAAAACCUGCUGACUAAAUUAGCAUUUAGCUAGCCCUGGGAGAUAACAUCAAAUGCCUCUGUUAAGGAACCUUUAAAAAUACAGUAAAUUGAAUGAAAUAUAUAUAUGUAUUAUUUUGUGGCAUUUAUGUUUGGAUAUUUAAAGAAAUGUAGUUUGAAAACCUGCUGACUAAAUUAGCAUUAAGCUAGCCCUGGGAGAUAACAUCAAAUGCCUCUGUUAAGGAACCUUUAAAAAUACAGUAAAUUGAAUGAAAAAAUUAUAAAAUAUAAGUAUUUUACAUUCUUUAUGUGGAACCUUGAAUAUUUUAUCUUCAUAUCUUCAUAUAUUACACAUUACCCAGCAGGCUGUUAAAAAAUUAAGCUUGAACUUAACAUAUUUGCUGCCAACAAGGCAACUCCUUUGUGACAAUGAUUUGAGUAUAUUCAACCAACAUGCUACAUAGAAAGAAGUACUUCAAUUGUAUUAUUAAAGGCAUGAAAUGAAAAAUAGAUUCAAGUGUCUUUUGUUGCAGUAUAACGUUUCUUUUAAGUAACAGGGUCUGUGUUUCCUGCUUUUUCUUUCUUAGAAAUAAGCCAUUGAGGGGGAUAAAUAUGUGCUUCUUGUUGCAUGCCAAGGGGCAAUCAAGAUAACAUCUCUGUUUACCUCUCCCACAGACGCUGAAACUAAAUUCCUCAGAGAACGAAAAACUUGGAGUAAUGGCAUCUAACAUAGGCAUCCCCCCUGCUCCUGUCCUCAAAAAUCUGUCGGAAACCUUCACUUUGGUAAGCAUCUACAAAAGGCAUUAUUCUGUAAACAAAGUAAGAAUUUAAAAGCAGACAACAUGAGCUUUCUGCUGGUGUUUGUUCCUUUUAGGAGACUGGUUUGGAGCGCAUGUCCGAGGGUCUUCAGCUGCACCGGGCCCUACUAACCUCAGUCUCCCCUAGCCUGGAAAACAUAGACAAAGUGGCAGAACUGCAGGCUGAUAUUAAGGACCUUGUCAUUCAGAUCAACAAGGUAACACACCUUUUAAUCUUGUGUUUAAUCUUGUGUCUGUACUCAUUUAUAAUUUGUUGUUUGAUUCACCUUUUUGAUGGUGUGCCUUACAGAUGCUGUAUCAGGUCAAAGGUGAGACUGUGGUGCAGCCCACACCUACCCCUGUGGCCUUGCGUCUAGCGGGGAAGUUCGAGGCUCAGGUGGCAGCACAUCUGACCCUGGUUCAGCUUCAGUCCUUCGGGCAUGAUGUUGUCCGCCUCCUCAGAUGUCUGGACCAGAGCGGCGAGGAGGAGACAGAGAGUUGACCCAUGGAUGAUAGAUGUCACACUCUGAAUGCUUUUUGCUCAUCCAAAAUGUAACUUAACCCGCCAUUUUUUACUGACAUUUGUCCGUCUGUUAAAUUGCUAUUUAUUUCUUAAUAUUUAUAUUUAUUUAUUGUAUUAUUUAUUUUAUAUAAUAUUUUUAUACACUUGAGUUCGCUAUUUUUGUUUACUACUGUUUUAAUAUAGGUCUAUUUAUAUUGCUAAUGCUGUACAAACACUAGAAUUGUAUUAAUUGCCUUGAAAUCAUUUACCAAUACAUGAGAAGUGCAAGUUAAUGAUGGCUUAUCUUUUUCCGUUUAAAUCAAGCAGACAACCAAGUUAUCUCACAAAACCCAUGUUAGUUUACUAGAUUUACAUCAAGGACUAAUUAUACAUUCUGUUGAAUGCAGUUUAUUAUUUUUGUAUGAAUCUUAUUUAAAAUACCCCCAUACCUGUAUGUAUUUUCUGCUCUUCCAAUAAAAACUUGGCUGAGAAAGUAA